AUGGGCGCAAGUGGAUACAUUUUGCUGGGGUUUCUAAUCUUUCUAAGUGGAUUUCCUCCCAUGGUGGGGUAUGGACUGUACCUCACGCUAUCUGGCUUCACAUUUGGAUUUGCCGCUGGAUUUCCAUUGUCCUAUUUCAGCGCAUUGGCUGGUGCCGUUGCCUGUUUUGUUGUUUCCCGGCUAUGGUUAAAAGAUCGGGUUCAGAGGUUCAUGUUGAGACACCCAAACCUCCAUGCUGUGGUCCGUGCAGUCGAAAAAUCCGGGUUUAAGAUGUUUCUUUUGAUACGACUCUCUCCGUACCCUUUUAACAUCCUGAAUGUCUUGUUCUCGGCAACCGAUAUUUCGCUCAGGGACUUUACCCUUGGCACUGCAAUAUCCUUAACCAAAAUUGGCAUCCAUAUAUACAUUGGCAGCAGUUUUACAUCAUUUUCUAAGCGAAUACUGGGUGACGAUGAUGACAUGACUGACGACGAGCGCACUGCAGAUAACAUACGCAUUGCUGCAACGGUAAUUGGAUCUUUUCUCUCGUUUGGCGUGAUGGCGUAUAUUUAUGCCGUCACAAAACGUGCUGUAGCACAAGCCAACAAUGAAGAGAAUGACGUCGAAUCCAUGGCAUUCUUGAACCGCAAUGAUACAGACAAUGGUUCUUUAGUGGAUUGGACGGAAUGGCACGACGAUGAGGAAGAAGAAGAAGACGAGGAUAGUUAUGCAAGAUCUCGUCCACAGCGACGGGCUUCCACGGAUUUAGAGCGCUCGGCAUCAUGA